UGCCCACCCAGUAACACACAGAACAAAAGACCAACUGCCUAUCCACGGUUCCGCAUUUCCCACCAUUCUGUCUCCGGACUCAUUUCACUGAAUCCCCAAAUUACGAACCAAGAAUCUUCAAGAAUUUCAGCUCUCAAUGCUGCAAAAUCUUUCUCACUGCUCUAAUGGCAUUUCUUUGUCAUCUCUCAAGCUUCUUCCCAUGCACUUCGCAUGAGCUCUGCACAUUUCAUCGAUCAUCCUUCGUGAUAGGCCAAGAACAGCGUCAGCGGCAGCUCAGAUGGGGAACCCAUUGCAACCCACCCCGCAGAGUUCUGAUAACGAUAUCUGCUUCUUCCAGCAAGAAACCCAGGGUUGGAAAGAAAGUGAAGAGCAACGUGGAUCUCUGUAAUGAACUCCGGGAGUUCGUAUCAGCUGCUGGACUUCCGGAGGGCCAUGUGCCGUCGUUGAAGGAGCUUUCUCAUCAUGGAAGGUCUGACCUAAAGGGUGAUUGUUUGGGUGUUUCUCUCUUAUCCUGUGAUGAGGCUUUGAGUUUGUUGAGAGAACAAAAGACCAACUGCCUAUCCACGGUUCCGCAUUUCCCACCAUUCUGUCUCCGGACUCAUUUCACUGAAUCCCCAAAUUACGAACCAAGAAUCUUCAAGAAUUUCAGCUCUCAAUGCUGCAAAAUCUUUCUCACUGCUCUAAUGGCAUUUCUUUGUCAUCUCUCAAGCUUCUUCCCAUGCACUUCGCAUGAGCUCUGCACAUUUCAUCGAUCAUCCUUCGUGAUAGGCCAAGAACAGCGUCAGCGGCAGCUCAGAUGGGGAACCCAUUGCAACCCACCCCGCAGAGUUCUGAUAACGAUAUCUGCUUCUUCCAGCAAGAAACCCAGGGUUGGAAAGAAAGUGAAGAGCAACGUGGAUCUCUGUAAUGAACUCCGGGAGUUCGUAUCAGCUGCUGGACUUCCGGAGGGCCAUGUGCCGUCGUUGAAGGAGCUUUCUCAUCAUGGAAGGGAAGACCUUGCAAAAAUUGUUAGACGGAGAGGAUAUAAGCUAAUUACAGAUCUUUUGAGUAACUCAACAAAAGAAGAAACCAACCUAGAGGCAAGCUCAGCUGAAAAUGAAAAUGGAACUGACAGUUACAAAAAUGAGUCAAAAGGCCAAGAUGAAAAUGUGAUUGGGUUUUCUGAAGAAGUGUCAUUACCAAAUGAUAAUUCCAUUAUUGAAAACGAAUUUUCUAGCGCAAAUGGUAUUCAAAUUCUCAAUUCUGGGGUAGGAAGUUGCAUGUCCGCAGGAUCUUCAACAAGUUUAUCAUUACAGGAAAAAGCGGCAAAGUUCAUCCAAAAUGGGGAGUUGGAUAUUAUAGAAGUUGAUGAGCUUGAUAUCAAUGAAGGAAGAAGAUUCAAUAACCUGGAAAAUAACAUAGAAGCUGAAUCAAGGGAACCUAGUGAGGAAAGUUCAAAAUACAUCACUACUAGAACUCGUGUCACUUCAUUAUUAAAUGGAAGUGCCUUGGCAUCCAGACAUGUUGUUCUACCUGCAACAGAGAACCACUACCACAGGAAUGACUUUUCACAAGCUCAAGGAGUACAAGUUGCUGCUUUUAAUGAGGAUAUGGAUGCUGAGGACUUUGAGGCCAGUGAAAUGGAGAACCAAGUUGAAAUUAACCGUCUAAAAGUAUUACUGCACCAGAAGGAGUUGGAAUUAUCUCAAUUGAGGGAGCAAAUUGAGAAGGAAAAGCAUGCCUUGUCCAUUUUGCAAACCGAGGCAGAAUCAGAGAUCAACAAAGCUCAAAAACUUAUUUCUGAAAAAGAUGCAGAAUUACAAGCUGCUGAAGAAAGCCUGUCUGGACUGAAGGAGGUUCAAAUUGAGUAUUUGGUGAGUGGGGAAAAUGUUGAGGUAGCAGGUAGCUUCAACGGGUGGCAUCAUCAAAUUAAAAUGGAACCACAUCCUCUUACCAGAAACCCCACAGGAUCAAGGAAUACCAGACUAUGGUCAACAGUGUUAUGGCUUUAUCCUGGGCUUUAUGAGAUAAAAUUCAUCGUUGAUGGGCAUUGGAGGAUUGACCCCAAGAGAGAAUCGGUUACUAGAGGACACAUACAAAAUAACAUCCUCAGAGUUGACAGGUGAAAUGGAUAUGGCAGAGUACACUUGGCCGGAUUUUUCUAGCAGCAGCAGAGAACAGGCUUAAAGAAAGAUGAAUAUCGAAAGCAUCAUGAGCAAUGCAGGAUCACACGAUGUAUGUAUGAAGAAUUAGAGUCUACUCUGUGUCUCUGUGUAGAAAUAAUAAUAAUAAUAAAAUAAUAAAGUUUUUUUUUUUGGGCA